AUGUUGACUGCUGGAAUAGAAGCCUCGUCUGUAGCUUUAGAAUGGGCAAUGUCAAAUUUGCUCAACAAUCCAAAUGUUUUAAAGAAGGCUAAAGCAGAGAUAAACACUCAUGUUGGUGAAGACCAAUUAAUAGAUGAAUCAGAUUUGCCAAAACUAAACUAUCUUCAAAGCAUCAUCUCAGAGAACUUGAGAUUGUAUCCAGUUGCUCCACUCCUAGCGCCACACUUGUCAUCUGAUGGUUGCGCCAUUGAAGGCUUCAAUGUGCCCUCCGAUACAAUGUUAUUUGUAAACGUUUGGGCCAUUCAAAGAGAUCCUAACUUGUGGGAAGACCCAACAAGUUUUAAGCCAGAGAGAUUUGAGAAUGGGAAAGCUGAAGCAUUCAAGUUCUUGCCUUUUGGAUUGGGAAGGAGAGCUUGUCCUGGGGAAGGCUUGGCAAAUAGAACAAUGGGAUUGAGUUUGGGUUCACUAAUUCAAUGCUUUGAGUGGGAAAGGGUUGAUGGAAAGGAGAUCGAUAUGACUGAAAAGAUAACAAUCACUAUGUCUAAAGUAAAACCCUUGGAGGUCAUGUGUAAAUCUCGUUCAAUACUUCAUAAGGUUCUCUCUUAA